UGCAGUCCAUGGUAGACAGCGUGGCGUCAGAAUGCGUGACCAAGUACCACCACCACAGCGGUUCCGGCAAACCUGACGGGACAGGGAGCAGGAGGAUGAGCUUGAGGACUCUGCAGAAGGCUUUGACUCUCGACCCUGAGGAAGAUGAUAUAGAUGAGGACGACGAAGAUGUGGCUGAAGGAUGGAGUGUGCGUCGGCCCCCGGGCAAUGCAGGCGCAGGCAAUGCAGGCGCGGGCAAUGGAGGCGCGGGCAAUGGAGGCACGGGCAAUGGAGGCGCGGGCAAUGGCGGAGGGCGUGCCGGCAACAACCUUCCCUUUGGGGGCGUGGGCCAGUUGGCAGAACCUAUCCUCAGAGGGCAAUGCAUCGUGGAGAAACUGAUCAGCAACGGCUACGGUUACGAGUUGAUCAGCAUCAUGAGCCGAGAUGAAUUUUUCUUGCCGAUCCCUUCGUGGUGGCUGAGACCUCUCCUCGUCUAUUACAAAGACUUCAGGGAGAAUUUCGAAAACGGAAGGCACGUCUGACUCGCAGGAAAUCUAAACCAGUCUGUCGCGAUGACGGUUUCCUAUUUCCGUGUCUUCGUCAAUCCGU